AUGGCCCCUGCCGCUCCAUUCAACCCGCCUGCAGCCGACCUCCCAGGCAAGCCUUUUGUGCCGGCCUGGAGGAUCCCACCUGCCACCCAAGAGAAGCACAAUUUUGCCGAGCUGACAUCGAUUGACUUGUCAUUGCUCGAUUCCGACGACACAGCCGCCGUCAACAACCUCGUCCAGCAGGUCAAGAGGGCCAUUCGUGAAGAUGGAUUCCUCUUCAUUGAGAAUUAUGGUGUCUCCAUUGAGCAGCUCCACCGCCAAUUCGCCCUAGCCCAGUACCUUUACGACCACAUCACAGAGGAGGACAAGGAACGACUUCUUUUCGAUCCCGAUACAGGGAGGUGGUCCGGAUACAAGCAUCCCUAUGGUUUCAAGCGUACGCGUGGCGCGGCCGACGGCAUCGAGCAAUUCAACUGGUACCCACGGGAGUGGGCAGACCGCAGCCGCAUCCCCACUUGUCUGCAUCCUUUCAUGGACGAGAUUGAGGAGUUCUGCAAUUACCUCACCAAGUCUGUCAACCGACGGCUCCUCACCUUGUUUUCGCGUGUCCUGGAGCUCCCCGACGACUAUCUCUGGGAGAACGUCCAAUCCCACGGCAGCCCAACUGGUGAAGGCUACUUCCGUCAUGCUCUUUUCCGACCCGUCGGUCAGCAGACACGGGAGGCUUCCAAAGGUCUCCGGAUGCAUGGGCACACAGAUUUCGGCUUGACAACGUUACUCUUCUCUGUGCCCAUUUCGUGUUUACAGAUCUGGGGCCAGGACGAGCAGUGGCACUAUGUGCCUUACAAGCCUGGCGCGCUUGUUGUCAACAUUGGUGACACCCUUGAGAUUGUUUCGGGUGGCCACUUCAAAGCCACGCGUCACCGCGUGUUCUCGCCACCAGCAGACCAGCUCAACUCAGAACGGCUGUCUUUAGUCCUUUUCAACAGUUCCGUCGGCGAUCUGCGCAUGGAGCCCGCUUCCGCUUCUCCACUCAUCCAGCGUGAGGGUUGCGUUGAAUAUCAAGGCGUCUACAAGGGAUUCAAGGAGCUCACGUCCAAUGGCAGACUUGUACCCACCAACCGUGAAUGGCGCGAGAUCCAGAUUGCCACAGCCACUGAUCCCACAGACACUGAGCGCAACCGCGUUGGUGCCGACCAGAAAAUCAUUGAUGGCAAACUGAUGAAUGAGCGAGAGUACAUGGGUGUCAAGGUCGUCUUGCCUGUCUAA